AUGGCUUACGUUUCGUUAAGCACGCGCGACCUCAACGUCCUCGAGAAAAUCCAGGAUCCAGAGUACGAUCCCGCCCGGAUGGUGCAAGUGGACACAAGCCUGCCCAAAGACCCCAACUUCAAGGAUCAGGCCCUCUAUGAGAAGGUCGCCCAACUAGAGCGCGAGAUCAUCCUUUCCAUUCAGCAGCUCGAGGUUGCAAACGCAAAGUCAGAGGCGCAGGGAGCAACCGGUGCGGAGGAAACCAUUCAAGGAUACCGCAACUGCGUCUCCCAGCUGGGGGGGCUCAUUCAAGAAUACCCAGAGUACGCGAGUGCCCGCAACAACAGGGCGCAAGCGAUUAGGCGGCUAGUGGGUGAUUCGAUGUUGAUCUCGGGCUCCCAGCAGCUUCCACAAGCACUAAUUCGGGAUAUCGACGACGCAGGGCGACUGCAGAUGGCCGAGACUGCUCUAUCAGACCUUGAUCGCGCCAUCUCGCUCCUUACCCCAACCACGCCCCAGACCAAAGUGUCCCAGAAUGUGGCUAGGACGCUUUCCAAUGCACACACCCAGAGAGCCGCCAUCUACCACAUGACGUCCAAGUUGAUGGAGUCCAACACCCUUGCUGUACCGCAGGGUCGCCGGGAAGGAAGUUGGAGCAAGUUGGAUUUCGAGGAGAACGCAUCGAGGGACUUUGCCAUGGGCGGUAGAUAUGGCAACGAGAUUGCGAAAGCACUCGCUGUGAGCACCAACCCAACAGCCAAGCUGUGUGGACAGAUGGUUCGGGAGGCGUUGAAGAAGGAGUACGGGCCGGCCUAUUCGGCAUGA